AUGUCCACAUCGAUCUCCCCAUCUACCCAGUAUUCCGCCUCCAACUUUGUUGUCUCGGCUGGCUGCGUGCUCUUCCGAAAAAGAGAAGGUGCACUGGAGCUAUGCAUUAUUCACGACCGCAAGAGAGACCAGUGGGUUCUGCCCAAGGGUCGCAAGGACUGUGGAGAAUCAACUGCUGAAGCAGCUGUCCGCGAAACAUUCGAAGAGACGGGCUAUCGUUGUGAGUUAUUACCGUGUCGGAUGGCAACACGUGCUCCACGGCCUGGGGUGAACACUCUUGACCGAGUUGAGGUUAUCGACAACAUCACCGAGCCGUUUUCUGUGGUUAUCUGGCAACAGGGAGAGCAGGGAGUGAAGCUAGUCUGGUGGUUCAUCGGGAGGGCAACAAGUGACGACAAGGUUUUGGGAACACAGGCCGCAUGGGAGGAAUAUGACUCGCACUUCGUCGAGGCAGAGGAAGCCUGCACCCGCUUGAAGUACCAGAGUGAGAUGGACACGGCGAGAGAGGCGAUUCAGAUCGUUCGUGAUGGAAACAUGGGAGGCUUGUAA